GCAGCAGAGAGGUAGGAGCUUUCCGAUUCCUUAAGCUGAGACGGAAGACAGAGACCAGCAUGCCCAGACUGCCUCUGCUGCUGCUGCUCCUCUGGGGCGCGGGGUCUCACGGCUUCCCAGCAGCGACUUCAGAAACACAAGAACAAGAUGUGGAGACGGUGCAGAAAUACCUGGAAAACUACUACAAUCUGAACAGUAAUGGGAAGAAAGUUGAAAGGCAGAGAAACGGUGGCCUCAUAACUGAAAAGCUAAAGCAAAUGCAAAAAUUCUUUGGGCUGAGAGUGACUGGGAAACCAGAUGCUGAAACUCUGAAUGUGAUGAAGCAGCCCAGAUGUGGGGUGCCCGAUGUGGCCCAGUUUGUUCUCACCCCAGGAAAUCCUCGUUGGGAGAACACAAACCUGACUUACAGGAUUGAAAAUUACACCCCAGACCUGUCAAGAGCAGCUGUGGACCAAGCCAUUGAGAAAGCCUUUCAGCUCUGGAGAAAUGUCACACCCUUGACCUUCACCAAGGUCUCUGAGGGUCAAGCGGACAUAAUGAUAUCCUUUGUCAGGGGAGAUCAUCGUGACAAUUCUCCUUUUGAUGGACCUGGUGGAAACCUUGCUCAUGCUUUUCAACCAGGUGCAGGUAUCGGAGGAGACGCUCAUUUUGAUGAUGAUGAAAGGUGGACCACCGAUUUCCAAAAUUAUAACUUAUAUCGCGUGGCAGCUCAUGAAUUUGGCCAUUCCCUUGGACUUUCUCAUUCUACUGACAUUGGGGCUCUGAUGUACCCCAGUUACAUCUUCAGUGGUGAUGUUCAGCUUUCUCAGGAUGACAUUGAUGGGAUCCAGGCCAUCUACGGACCUUCCCAAAAUCCCAUUCAACCAACUGGCCCACAAACCCCAGAAGUGUGUGAUAGCAAACUAACUUUUGAUGCUAUAACUACAAUUCGGGGAGAAAUGAUGUUCUUCAAAGACCGGUUCUACAUGCGCACAAAUCCCUUCUACCCAGAAGUGGAGCUCAAUUUCAUUUCUGUUUUCUGGCCACAUCUCCCAAAUGGACUUCAUGCUGCUUAUGAGGUUGCCGACAGGGACGAGGUCCGGUUUUUCAAAGGUAACAAGUACUGGGCUGUUAAGGGGCAGGAUGUGCUCUACGGAUACCCCAGGGACAUCUACAGAUCCUUUGGCUUUCCGAGAACGGUGAAGAGCAUCGAUGCUGCUGUUUCUGAGGAAGAUACUGGGAAAACAUACUUCUUUGUUGCCAACAAAUGCUGGAGGUAUGAUGAAUAUAAACAAUCCAUGGAUGCAGGCUACCCCCAAAUGAUAGCAGAAGAAUUUCCUGGCAUUGGAGACAAAGUUGAUGCUGUUUUCCAGAAAGGUGGAUUUUUCUAUUUCUUCCGUGGAACAAGGCAAUACAAAUUUGAUCCCAAAACUAAGAGAAUUUUGACUCUCCUAAAAGCUAAUAGCUGGUUCAACUGCAGAAAAAAUUGACCAGUGUUUACAAGGUUAAACAGAAAAAUAUGUUUUACAAGUCUAGGGAAGGUGUUUCUUGAAGAGCCAUGAGAUGUGUUAGUCGCUCAGUCGUGUCCGAUUCUUUGUGACCCCAUGGACUGUAGCUUACCAGGCUCCUUUGUCCAUGGGAUUCUCCAGGCAAGAAUACUGGAGUGGGUUGCCAUUUCCUUCUCCAUGAAGAGCCAUAUAUUUAAAUGAAAUAAAGUUAUUAAGUAUAAUCUUAUUUUUAAGUAUACUCUUAUUUAUACCUCAUUCAGCAUUUCUUUUUAGAUUUAGAAUGUAAUUUUUAUAUACUACUGUAAUUUAGUUUCACAAAUGAGGCCUAAGUAAGGUCAGGUUUAUAGCUUAUGGAUUCAUAUGGGCCAGUUUUGCAAUGAGAGAAACUCUUCCGCAAAAUAUAAGACUCUGACAUUGAUACUGGAAAACACUCUCAGUGAUGUCUUCUCUCAAGAGAGAAAGAGACGAGAUAUGAGCCUUCGCCAGAAGAAAAACAAUUCAAGAACGUAUGAGCAAUCAUUACUACCACCAUCCUGAUAUGCAGGGGACAACUUUGUUAUAAAGUGUUUUACAUUUGAAAUAAAGCCAUCCUUGCCUCUACUGUUUCUUAAACUUUCCAUUA